GAGCUGAGUGCAGGCCCCCUCUCCAGAUCCCUUACAAAUUCUCCACGCACGUCCGCCAGGGGCCUCGCUGGGGUCAUCAGGGUGGACAGCAAGGGCUGGCUGCCACCACAGAGGGCACAGAGCCCUUCUCCUCCUGGGCCCAUCCGGCUGGUUGCACAAGCCCUCUGACCCCUGACGCGUGUCCCACGGUGGAAGGCACUGCUGGGGACAGAUAACAUGGCGGCCAACAUGAAGACCGCUAAAACGGCACCAAACCAUGUCAUCUUCAAGAAGGUCUCCAGGGACAAAUCGGUGACCAUCUACCUGGGGAAGAGAGACUACGUGGACCAUGUUGACCAAGUAGAGCCUGUGGAUGGUGUUGUGCUGGUGGACCCUGAGCUUGUGAAGGGAAAGAAAGUGUACGUCUCCUUGACGUGCGCCUUCCGCUACGGCCAGGAAGACAUCGACGUGAUCGGCCUGAGCUUCCGCCGGGACCUGUACUUCUCUCGGGCCCAGGUGUUCCCGCCCGCGGGGGCUGCAGGCGCCCUCACAAAACUGCAGGAGAGCCUGGUCAAGAAGCUGGGGGCCAACACGUACCCCUUCGUCCUCACGUUCCCGGACUACUUGCCCUGCUCAGUGAUGCUGCAGCCAGCACCUCAGGACACGGGCAAGUGCUGCGGGGUCGACUUCGAGGUCAAAGCAUUCGCCACAGACAGCACGGACGAGGAAGUGGACAAAGUUCCCAAGAAGAGCUCCGUGCGCUUACUCAUCCGGAAGGUGCAGCAUGCGCCGGCCAAGAUGGGGCCCCAGCCCCGGGCCGAGGCCAGCUGGCAGUUCUUCAGGUCCGACAAGCCCCUGCACCUCGAAGUCUCCCUGAGCAAAGAGAUCUACUUCCACGGGGAACCCAUUCCUGUGACCAUGACCGUGACCAACAACACAGAGAAGACCGUGAAGAAGAUUAGAGCAUUGGUGGAACAAGUGGCCAACGUAGUUCUCUACUCAAGUGACUAUUAUGUCAAGCCAGUGGCCGAGGAGGAAGCACAAGAGAAAGUGCCCCCGAAUAGCACUCUGACCACAACGCUGACGCUGGUGCCCUUGCUGGCCAACAACCGUGAGCGGAGGGGCAUCGCCCUGGACGGGAAGAUCAAGCAUGAGGACACGAACCUGGCCUCCAGCACCAUCAUCAAGGAGGGCAUAGACCGGACUGUGCUGGGCAUCCUGGUGUCUUACCAGCUCAAGGUGAAGCUCACGGUGACAGGCUUUCUGGGAGAGCUCACCUCCAGUGAAGUGGCCACCGAGGUGCCGUUCCGCCUCAUGCACCCCCAGCCCGAGGACCCAGCUAUGGCCAAGGAAAGUUUUCAGGAUGAAGAUUUGGUUUUUGAGGAUUUUGCUCGCCAGAAUCUAAAGGACUCGGGAGACCCUGAGGAAGGGAAGAAGGACCCAGAGGCACCUGCGGAUGAGUGAAGAGGUCGCUGAGGGUGUGGGAAAGGGGCCUGAGCAGCGUGGCAGGCAAAGCUCCACGGUUAGCCCUUUAGUGAUGCUGAACACCGAAGUGGGAGUCUCUUCACAUAAAUAAAGUUGGUCUGUCCUGCUCCA